CCGGUGCYCUGGAGCCCGGCUGAGCCCGCAGCAGUUCCUGCACGGGACUGCCCUGGCGUCACCCUGGAGCCGGGAGCGGGGUGGCCCUGGAGCCCARGCGGCACUGCCACCGCACUGCUGUGCCGGAGCUGGCCCCACGGGCUGCGGACAGCCACAGAUGAUGGGCUGAACAUCCGUCGCAGAGGCAGCCCAGGGCCAUGAGCUCCCCGUGCGGCCCUGACUCGGAUAUCGCAGACUGGCUGGCCACCAUCCACUUGGAGAGGUACCGCGAUGCCUUCAAGCAGCACGGAUACCAUGUGGCCAGAGAUGCCACCUCGCUGGACAGCCACCACCUGCAGCAGAUCGGCGUCACCGCCACCGGGCACCGCAAAAGGAUCCUCAACCUGGCGCAGCAGACGCGGAUGCUGAGCCAAUCCCGCGGGAGACCUGCGGCGGCAGACCCCCAUUCCCGAGGCACGGAGGUCCUGGAUGCCCCCCAGGAGGACAAGGAUGCCAUGAGAGCAGAGCCGGGAGGGACCAGUGAGGCCUUCGGGACGCAGCAGCGCGUCACCGUGCCCAGCCAGGCACCGCCUGGAGAGACGGACCCUGCUCCUUCCGCCGCCAAGCCAAUUCCCAAGCCCAGGACGGUUUUCCCUCGCUCCAAACCGGAGCAGGGAUUARCGCCCGUGCCCCCGGCACGCUCCACGGUGCCAGCACACGGCCCGGGCGGCGACAGGGCACGAGCAGCCUUUGUGGUACUAGAGGGGUUUGUGCCAGGGGAGAGCUCCACGGAUUUGGAGAGCCCGGAGCCCGGAGCCCAGGCUGAGCCAGGGGCAGCAGUGGCCAUGGGUGUGAUCGCGUCCCGGCUGAGAGGGCGGGACAGCGCUCGGGAGGACACACGGCCGUCCCCGAGCCACGGACAAACCCUGGAGGCACCGGAGAAAGCGCCCCCGGCCGCCCCGAGUGUCCCCCCGCGGCACAGACCCCGGGGCCUGGCAGAGUCCAGCCCUGGCACUGCCCCGGAGCAGGGGGCACCCGGCGCUCCCCCGCCCGCCCCAGCCAGGAGAGAGCCCUCGCCGUGCCCCAGGGCAGCCUCGCAGGCGGGCUCGGGGCAGGGCCGGCUGGAGAUGGUGUCCAACGUCAUCUACGAAGGACUGGAGCGGCCGGCAGCACCCGCGGAGCAGCCGGCAGGGGAGGAUGGUCCCCAGGGGGAGGGUGUCCCCCAGCCCCCGGCCCCGUCCCCGCAGGAGCAGACCCAGCCGGAGGACAAGCCUGAUCCCGGCUGGCCCGGCGGGGCCCUGCCCCCCGUCCCGCAGAGACCCACCGGCAAGCCAGAGGUGAAUGAUCCGCCCAUCAGCCCCUACAGCGAGACCAUCUUUGGCCAAGUGGCCCCAUCGCGGGAGCCAAAGGGGGUUGGCAUCUCCUCUGAUCAGAGCUACGAGGCCGUGUCCGAGCUGGAGCUGGAGCGAGAAGGCUGCAGGACGAGCAGCGAGUGCAGCAGCGAGGGUCGGAGCGAGGAUGAGGAGAGCCGGAGCCGGCUGAUCGAGCGCAUCGCCCAGAGCAACACCGAGGGCUACUCCACCGUGGAGGCCCCGCACGCCCAGAGCACCCCGUUCAGCCUGCCACCCCACCUGUACCCCGACGAGCUCCUGGAGGACCUGACCAUCUCCCCGUACGCCAGCUUCACGUCCCUGUSCGAGCCCCGGCCCACCAUGCUCAGCGGCUGGCUGGACAAGCUGUCCCCACAGGGGAACUAUGUCUUCCAGAGGCGCUAUGUCCGUUUUGACGGGAAGAACCUGAUGUACUUYAGCAGUGAGAAGGAGCCCUAUCCCAAGGGAGUGAUCCCACUGUCCGYCAUUGAGAUGGCUCGUUCCACCAAGGACAACAAGUUCCAGGUCAUCACCAGCCAUCGGAUCUUUGUCUUCCGUGCUGAGAACGAGGCCCAGAGGAAUGAGUGGUGCUCCACGCUGCAGAAGAAGGUGAUGGAGCAGCGCCUGGUGGGGUCCCGGCCCCGGCCUGCCAACACCGCCCACUGCCAGAAGUCGGGGACCCUGGAGCUGAAGGGCCAGAAGUCCAAGGUUUUUGCCACCYUGAGCCUGCCUGAGAUGUGGCUGUACAAGAGUGAGCAGUUCUUCAAAAUGGGCAUYGCCAUGUGCUUCAUCGAGAUGCGCGGCUCCACCAUCCGCGAGGCCAAGAGCCGCGGCUUCGAGCUCAUCACCCCCUCCAAAACAUUCAGCUUCGUGGCCGAGUCGGAGCGGGAGAAGCGCGAGUGGAUGGAGGCGCUGCAGGAGGCCAUCGCCGAGAUGCUCUACGACUACGAGGUGGCAGAGAAGAUCUGGUCCAACAAAGCCAACAAAUACUGUGCUGACUGCUGGGCUCAGAGCCCCGACUGGGCAUCCAUCAACCUGUGCGUGGUCAUCUGCAAGCAGUGUGCAGGGCAGCACCGCAGCCUGGGCUCCACCGUGAGUCCUGCUCCUCCCGCCAGCCCUGGGGCUCGCCGUGACCGUGGCACUCUCCCGCAGCUCUUCAUCGUGCUGGGAAAUGACCGAGCCAACCGGUUCUGGGCUGCCCGGCUCCCCGCCAGCGAGGCCAUCACCCCAGACAGCGGUGCCGAGCAGAGGCGGGAUUUCAUCGCCCGCAAGUACCGAGAGGGACGGUACCGCCUGCCCCACCCUCAGUACGCCACGCAGGAGGAAGUGCUGCAGGCGCUGUGCACCGCGGUGGCCGGACCAGCCCUGCUCAAGACCAUCCUGCAGUUCUUCUCGUCCUCGGAGGCUGCUCUGGCCUCUGAUCCUGCUGCCAGCGAGGUGGUCCCAGGGCCCGAGCUUUGGUGGGGACCRGAGAGCAAAAGGCCCAGGAACCUUUCAGGGAGCCCCCGCGCACGGGACCCGGGUCCUGAGGGCGUCUACAAUGAGAUCACCCAGCCGGUGACACACAGCGGGUACCUGCACCGGGCCACCGCCCCCCCGAGGCUCCCAGGGGCCAGGAAGAGCAAAGAGGACUUCCAGCACACGUGGUGUUCUCUGGAGAGAGCCCUGCUCUUCUUUGAGACCGAGAAGUGCACUGAGCCCCUGGGCCGCAUUGACUGCGGGGACCUCAUCUCCCUGGGGGUCAGCAGGCCCCACCAGGCACUCAGCAGCCCUGGCCCCACUGAAAGGUUUCGCUUCACCCUCGAGCUCUUCCUCACUGGGGAAAAAGUGCAGCAGCUGGGAACUGAUGGGCCUGAAACGCUGCAAGCCUGGGCCAGUGCCAUCGGCAAGUGGUUCACCCCCGUGAGCUGUCACUGCCUGCUGGGCUACGAGUUCCAGCGUGUGGGCCAGCUGCGCUACAAGUGCAUGCUGAACCCCGAGCGCUGGCAGCGGGCCUUCUUCAUCCUGCAGAAAGGCCACCUCUUCAUCUGCCCGGCCGAGGAGGACGGGGCCGAGGACAGCAUCAACCUGCGGCGCCUGCAGGAGCUCAGUCUGGUUCCCCCCACGGACACCCCGGAGAAGAAGGAGCUGCUGAUCCUGGUGGAAAUGGGGAGGACGUUUUACCUGCAGGGCUUGUCACGGGUGGAYUCAGCAGCGUGGUACAGUGACAUCCAGGCGUCCGCAGGGGGCCGGGGCAACGCACUGCGGGACCAGCAGCUGAGCAGGGGGGACAUACCCAUCAUCGUGGACUCCUGCAUCGCCUUCAUCACCCAGUACGGGCUGCGGCACGAGGGGAUUUACCGCAAGAACGGGGCCAAGUCCCGCAUCAAGGUACUGAUGGAGGAGUUCCGGCGGGACGCCCGCAACGUCAAACUGCGCAUCAGCGACAACUUCAUCGAGGAYGUCACGGACGUGCUGAAGAGGUUCUUCCGGGAGCUGGAGGAUCCCAUCUUCACCCUGGAGCUGCACCCACAGUGGAAGGAGGCUGCAGAAAUCUCCUCAAAGCCGCAGCGCUUGGAGCGGUACAAGGAGCUCAUCCACCGCCUGCCUCGCCUCAACCACAAGACCCUGGCUGCACUCAUCGGGCACCUCUACCGGGUGCAGAAAUGCGCAGACCUCAACCAGAUGAGCACCAAGAACCUGUCGCUGCUCUUYGCACCCAGCCUGUUCCAGACGGACGGCAAAGGGGAGCACGAGGUCAAGGUGAUGGAAGAUCUCAUCGACAACUACGUCAGCAUCUUCAAUAUUGACGAGGACCAGGUAUCCCAGAUGGAUCUGGAGAACAGCCUGAUCACCACUUGGAAGGACACCCAGCUCUCCCAGGCAGGAGACCUCAUCAUCGAGGUUUACCUGGAGCAGAAGGUGCCYGACUGCUGCGUCACCCUGAAGGUGUCCCCCACRAUGACAGCAGAGGAACUCACCAACCAGGUACUGGAGAUGCGCAACGUGGCUGCCAGCCUGGACAUCUGGCUGACCUUCGAGGCGCUGGAGAAYGGCGAGCUGGAGCGGCCCCUGCACCCCAAGGAGAAGGUGCUGGAGCAGGCACUGCAGUGGUGCAAGCUCCCGGAGCCCAGCGCYGCGUACCUGCUGGUGAGGAAGGUGCCCAUUGGCGAGGGCAGCUGUCUCUUCACAGGUGCCAAGCGUGAGACCCCCAAGUGUGGGCUGCUGAAAUGCCGAGAGGAGCCCCCCAAGCUGCUGGGGAACAAGUUCCAGGAGCGCUACUUUGUCAUCCGGGACAGGAGGCUGCUGCUGCUCAAGGAGAAGAGGAGUGCCAAGCCAGAGCGUGAGUGGCCCCUGGACGCAGCCAAGGUUUACAUGGGCAUCAGGAAGAAGCUGAAGCCACCAGCUCAGUGGGGUUUCACGCUGACCCUGGACAAGCAGCAGCUGUACCUGGUGUGCUCAGGGCAGGCUGAGCUCUGGGACUGGACCACCAGCAUCCUCAAGGCUCAGCACGAUGACCUGCGCCCUGUGGUGCUGCGCCGCCGCUCCUCCUCCGACCUGGCCAAGCAGAAGUUUGGGACAAUGCCACUGGUGCCAUUGCACGGGGACAGCACUGAUGCCACCAUGCUCUCUGCCAACCAGACCCUGCGCCGCCUGCACACGCGAAGGACUUUGUCCAUGUUCUUUCCCAUGAAGAUCCACCAGGACUCCCUGGAGGAGCAGCAGGAGAAGGAGGCAGACGCUGACCCUGUCUAUGAGGAAGUGGGGAAUUUCCCCGAGCUGGAAGCGCUGGAUCUGGGACAGGGGCUGCUGGCCGAGCUGGCGGCUGUGCCCCCUGUGGACAGGUCCAAGAAGCCRUCCCCAUUCCUUGAGCAGCCCCCGGGCACGGCCCUGCGCUCCUCACUGCCUGCCAGCCCAGCCCACAUGUUGACAGGGCCCUCUGUCACCAAAGCCGUGUCCCUCGAAAGGGGCUUGAACCUGGAGAGCACCAAAGCUCCAACGCCGGGGCUCAGACCCACAAAAACGUCCUCUCUGGAGAGGAACRUGGAGCCUUCCCUGGUGCUGGGCAGGGACUGGGAGCAGGCAGCCCCAGCAGGGAGCAGUCCCACGGCAGAGAGCUCCCUGGAGCUGCCCAGGAAGAGGAGCCUGCAGCCCCCCUCGCCCAUCAAUGACAAACUGAUCCAGGAGCUCAGCAGUGUCAUCCUCAGGAAGAGCGAUGGCCAAGCGCCGGGGCCGGGCCAGCCGGUGACGUGACCCGCUGUGCCAAAGGGGUGGCCACCGACCGCGGGGUCGAGUCGUGCCCGGUGGCACCAGYGAUGGGUACCCUGGUGGCAGUGAUGAUGGGUACCCCACACUCCCCUGUCAUGGAACCCUCACCCUCCACCUUCUCCUCCUCAUCCCGGAGCCAGGCUGGGAUCAGGAACCAAAGGGACCAGUGGGGACCAGGAUGCUGGGCCAUCCCUCGUGGGAGGGCUGGGGAUGCUGCCACGUGUGUUUUUGCUCAUGGGUGGCACAUCUGUUGUCGAGCCCAGCACCGAGGGAAGCAAGAAAAGGGGGAAAUGAAAUCAGGAACAGGGUGCCUGCAUGUUUUGGCAGCACACCACCAUGCCAGGCAGCGGGCAGGGGGUGCCUGCCAGCACGGGGACACACAGCGUGUCCCAUAUCCAGCACUGAGCCCAUGGGACAGGGCCAGGACACCCAAGCCAUCCCCCCUUCCCUUCUUGCAUCCACUGUGGCAUAUUUUGSUGGGGGAAAGAAACAGGAGCAGGGCUGGCCGCGUGUGCCUGGUGUGCAGUCCUGGCAAGGGAGGACAGCCCCUCCUCAGCAGGGCGUUURUGCCUAUUCCUGCCACCAGCAGGGAGAAAUAAAGGUUUAUUUGUACUCUGGA